GCGGAGGGCCGGGCGGGACGGAGGCCGGGAGGCCGGGAGGCCGGGGCGGCGGGCGCGCAGCUCGGCGGGAGGCGGGCGCCCGGAGACGCGGCUGGGGCCCGCGCGGCCGGGGCGCCGUCCCAGGGCAGGGCUGCCCGGCCCCUGCCCCGGGCCGCCCGCGCUCCCCAUGAAAAACCAGCUCCGCGGCCCCCCAGCGCGGGCGCACAUGUCGGCCUCGGGGGCGUCGGCUGCUGGGGACACCGGUGCGGGGUCGGAGCCCGGUGCGGUGUCAGGGUCCGGCGCUAGCACCGGCGCGGGAGCGGCGACGGGUGCGGGGGCCAUGCCGUGCAAGAGCGCCGAGUGGCUGCAGGAGGAGCUGGAGGCGCGCGGCGGCGCGUCCCUGCUGCUGCUCGACUGCCGGCCGCACGAGCUCUUCGAGUCGUCGCACAUCGAGACGGCCAUCAACCUGGCCAUCCCGGGCCUCAUGCUGCGCCGUCUGCGCAAGGGCAACCUCCCCAUCCGCUCCAUCAUCCCCAACCACGCCGACAAGGAGCGCUUCGCCACGCGCUGCAAGGCGGCCACCGUGCUGCUCUACGACGAGGCCACGGCCGAGUGGCAGCCAGAGACCGGCGCUCCCGCCUCGGUGCUUGGCCUGCUCCUGCAAAAGCUGCGCGACGACGGCUGCCAGGCCUACUACCUCCAAGGUGGUUUCAACAAGUUCCAGACGGAGUAUUCAGAGCACUGCGAGACCAACGUGGACAGCUCAUCCUCACCCAGUGGCUCACCACCCACCUCCGUGCUGGGCCUGGGGGGCCUACGGAUCAGCUCUGACUGCUCAGACGGGGAGUCCGACCGAGAGCUGCCCAGCAGUGCCACGGAGUCGGAUGGCAGCCCUGUGCCAUCCAGCCAACCAGCCUUCCCCGUCCAGAUCCUGCCCUACCUCUACCUCGGCUGCGCCAAGGACUCCACUAACCUGGAUGUGCUCGGCAAGUACGGCAUCAAGUAUAUCCUCAAUGUCACGCCUAACCUGCCCAAUGCCUUUGAGCAUGGUGGCGAGUUCACCUACAAGCAGAUCCCCAUCUCGGACCACUGGAGCCAGAACCUCUCCCAGUUCUUCCCCGAGGCCAUCAGCUUCAUUGACGAGGCCCGCUCCAAGAAGUGUGGUGUCCUGGUGCACUGCCUGGCAGGGAUCAGCCGCUCGGUGACGGUUACCGUGGCUUACCUGAUGCAGAAGAUGAACCUGUCACUCAAUGACGCCUACGACUUCGUCAAGAGGAAAAAGUCCAACAUCUCGCCCAACUUCAACUUCAUGGGGCAGCUGCUGGAUUUCGAGCGGACGCUGGGGCUGAGCAGCCCGUGCGACAACCACACCCCCAGCGAGCAGCUCUACUUCUCCACGCCCGCCAACCACAACCUGUUCCCACUCAACACCCUUGAGUCCACGUGAGGCUGGGGCACAGGUGGUGGGGGCCGGCCCCUCCCCAACCCACCCCCCACAGCUCCUCGGGCCAGGUGGGUGGCCCACUCCUGCUACGUCCAGCCAGAAGCUAGGCAGCCUCGGACAUGGCCAGUGCCUGGAGGCCCCCGGUGGGCAGGUGGCCGAGCUUCCCUCACCGCCUUGGGGCGGGCGGACCACAAAGCGAGGCCUCCCUCCACAGGACUUUGUGGAGAGGCCCUGAGCUCUGGGACAGAUGGCCUCGGGAGGCCAGCGAGGCCUCGCCCUUGUCCCAGGACACUCCAUCAGCAGAUGGGCCAGCCAGUUGGGCUGUUUUUUAAAGACCCAUCCACGGACCUGAGUUUACUUUUUACUUUUGGCAGGUAAUCCAAGCUCCCUGGAGCACGGCAAGUGUUCAAGCUCUUCUUGAUUUUUCUUUUUUAAUGAAAAGUGUUAUUUUCAGGCUACACGCAACGGUGGAUUGUAUAAACCAGUAUUUCAUCCCUUCCUUGAUCCUGCGCGCGCGCGCGCGCGCGCGAGAGAGAGAGAGAGAGAGAGAGAGAGAGACAUGUUCUCGGUUUUGUUUUUAUUACUACUUCAAAAAGCAAUUACUGGUUUUUUUUGUUUUUGUUUUUGUUUUUGUUUUUAAUGGAAAAGACAAACCCCGUGUUGAUCUUGACCAAAUGCGUUUUGCACAUGUGUGAAGCCUCCCAUUUCUGCAGCAGCAGGCCCUUCUCGAAGGGUUGGCUUGCUGCUCUCUUGGCGUCAACACCGCCACCCCCCCACCCCCCCCGCCAAGUCGUGUCCACAUCUCUUGGCCCAGCCCCCGUGGCACUGCACUUGCCCGUGACGACCUCUGCAAGUCACAAAGGGUGGGCUGCGGGUGGCCUUUGCAUUUUGGGCCCUCCAGCGGUCCCUGCAGACUGGGCAGACUCCCGGAGGCAGGAGAUGGGAGGCCCUGCAGCGGGCCCACUGGAGGGGGAGCUGUGGGGGACGCCAAGCAGUAGCAUUAGCCCUCUGGGCUCAGCCUGUAGGAGGGUCUGGGCCCAGGGCCCUUUCUUUAUGUACCCACUACUUCUGUCUUUCUCUCUCUCUCCCCGUUUGUUUGUGACUGAGUGGAGGCCCGGCUGCGGGCGGGGGUGCGGGGGAGCCUGGGUGGCCGAGGCCCAGCCCUGCCUCCUAGUUUCUGUCCCUUACCCUGGCUGAUGCUUCGGUCCAGCUGCCACUCGGAGCCCCCGUGUCCCAUGGAAGCUGGCCCUGCACUCCUCUUGCCCAUGCCUUCUACUACCAGGAAACUCGCACCAGGAAAAUACCAGGGCAGGGGCAGAAGGGGCAAGGAUGGACAAGAGAAAGGGGCGUGGGGCUCUGUCCACCCCCUCCCCCCCGGAUCCACAGAACAAAGCCACGGAUUCCGUUAUCCUCCAGUUUCGUUCCUUCUCCAGCCUCAGUCCCACCAGGUGUCAGGACUGCACAGGGGCCCGGGGAAAGGUGAGUGGUCAGGCCGGGGUCCCUGAGUGAGCCAGCACUUGGCCCGAGAGCGAGGCCGAGGAAGCUCUGCCCCAUUGCGUCUUACCUCACGGGGCGGUUUUCAGGGAUUCUUUAAGGCAGCGGAUUAAAAUCUUGCCACAGUCGAGAAAUUGACAAAAAGCUUCCAUGCUGUACAUGGUUCUUUCUCUUUUUUACCUUUAAAAAGAAAACCCCAGAAAGAUGCAUCAGAUUUGUGUACGUGAGAGUAUGCGAAGAGGGUGGCCAGUUUUGCUUUAUGACCUUAUGAAGGAAAAUUUGUGACCCUACAUAUACACACACACACAUACAUAUAUAUAUAUAUAUCCCGAACCAGCAACGGGACUUUGUUUAUAUUGCAAAUAAAUAUUAUUUUUUCUUUAAAACAAA